UGUGAAUAGGGGUGGUCUUGAACUACUUGAAGAGGGGAAGGCCUUGCUCAAUCUAUUUGUUUUUUCUUUCGCGUACCCUCCUACGUAUUUAACAGCGCCACAGUUGUAUUUUACCCGUAUCGAUGGACAGUUUGCGAUUUUUCCGAGCCGUUUAGUGUCGAGUGAAACACCGGGACGCCCCUCUCUUUUUGUUUGUCGGUCGUAACGUCCGGACGUCCAGCUGAUUGCUCUGAGUGCCGUUCAAUUAUUCCAGUUCAAACUGAGCCGUUUUGUUUGACUUAACGGAAGGAUUUUGUGGCCGAAACCGGGGCCGAGGUCGCCACCCUCCUAUUUUUGUUCUUUUCACACCCAUUUGUGGACUUUAAAACAGAGGAUAUUUAUCUUUUUUGUCUUAACUUGAGUGUUGGCUCGGUUUUCUCAUUGAACGACCAGGCCCCGGACUCAUCCCCAGCCUCGCGUUCCCAUAUCGGGUUUUUUUUGUGUUGGAAGUCAUGGGAGACACUAGUGAACGAAGCAAAGCUCCGAGUCUACCUCCCCGGUGUCCCUGUGGAUUUUGGGGGCUGGGUCACUGUGCAGCCAUGACUGAAACAGGUGACUGACAAAGAACUCUGGGCUUUUGCAGGACCUAACUCUGUCCAGUAAAACCAUGAAUCUCUGCUCCAAAUGUUUUGCUGACAUCCAGAAGAAGCAGCCAGGGGAGGACUGCACCACCAAGCCUAUCCAAAGCACUGGGAGUAGCCAAUCACCAGUUUUCAGUAGUGAGACGAGCAGUAGCAGUAGCCAAUCCCUAUUGUCAUCGCCAACCUCAAGCUCCGAGCAGCCGUCAGCUGAAGAGCCCUCGUCCACGUUGCCCAGCUCGAGGGAAGGCAUGUCGUCCACAGAAACAGCCCAGGGCACACUCUGCACACCCACAAAACGUCCACGAGAAUCAGCGUCGGCUUCAGAGAGCGAGGCGACGCCAGAGAAACGGCCACGGACAGACGAGAAGGAGGGGAGCAGCGAGGAGGCCCGCGGGACGCCCAAGCAGAAGAACCGCCGGCGCUGCUAUCGCUGCCAAACCAAACUAGAGCUCGUGCAGCAGGAACUGGGCUCCUGUCGCUGUGGCUAUGUAUUCUGCAUGCUUCACCGUCUACCCGAGCAGCACGACUGUCUGUUCGACCAUCUGGGCCGCGGGCGCGAGGAGGCAGUCCUCAAGAUGGUGAAGCUGGACCGCAAGGUGGGGCGCUCGUGCCAACGCAUCGGGGAGGAGUGCUCCUGAUUGGCCACACGGUGACCAGCCAUCCAGUUUAGAGAUGAGGCGCUUACAAAGAGGAGGAGGAAGAGGUGGAAGGAGAGUGAGGGGGAAUGACAAAUGGGGUGAUGGGGAGGGAGGGAGGGAAGGGAGGGAAGAAGAGGAAGAGGAGGAAGAGGGGAGGGAGCACGGUCGAAACAUCCUGCAUCUGACCUGACAAUUUGGGAUCUGAGCUUGACGCCGCCCUGUUGAUGUCCUGAUUUCCUGCGUCUGUUUGGACUCUGCUCUGGAUGAGGCAACUCAGCGCCGGUGGGCCCCAGUGGCUGUUAUGCGGAGCCACGUUCAGUAUCGCAUGUUCACACACACAGCCUUAACCCAACCCCCAACUCUUCAGAGGAAGGACGCCGCAGAGACUGAUGACCCCGUAUGUCGUACAUCAUGUAUAGCGCCGCUGUUUCUCGCCACGGUUUCCUCCUCUUUGCCCGUGCUCCUUUUUUUUCCCCCAGUACUGGAAGUUGUGGAAGAUGAACUCUGCAUUCUCAUUCGACAAAGUUUUGGGGGUUGUUUUUCCAUUUUUUGGUAAAGGGUGAGGGGUCCAGCUCUGUCCCACGCCCACUCCUCAGGUCGUCAUCAAGGGGUUGGAGUAUCAAACCUGUAACCCCGCCUAUCUCUUCUUCUUCUUCCUCUUCUUUUUUUUUUUUUUUUCUUCCAUCAACGUUUAGGUCCAUGUGCAGCAUUACUAACCGUGUUUUGCUCGUGCAUGGCACCAGCAACAGUGUAUUUGUGCAGGUUUGAGUGUGGUAAUGUGAGACAGUCCAAGGAUGCUGUCAUGGUUUGAUUUCCCCCCCCCCGUGUGGCCGCCAUGGUGAUUAGCUCUGUUUUCACUGCUUAACCACGGUGUCGUGGAGGACAAUACAGCCAAUCCCUGCCUCUGCUCACAUGGACUGUUGACAAAAAGAAAAAAUACAAAUAUAAUAUAAAAAAAUGAAAACCACACUAAUGGACAAGAGUCACUCGGAUCCUCUGUGUAGCAGAUCCUCUUCUCCCUCUUUCCCUCCCCCUUUUUUCAAUUUACUGAGUCGUACUGUUGUUUUACAUAAAGGGGAAUACGGCUAAAUUUUUGUAUUCAAAUGACAAGUUCUUUGCCAAAACGCUAUGUAUUCAUAUAUAAAACUAAAUAACCGAAGUUCAUCACAGAGUGUUUCUUUAGUUGUAGACGAUCAGUCAAGAGUGCUAAUAUGAAUACAUGAAUUACAUAGUACCCUUUAAAUCAUUCUUUAAUUUAUUUCUUUGUGUUUUAUGAGUAGGAUUAUGUCAUUUAAUUUUCAGAUCGGGAAAUCUGUUUGGAACAUAAUUGAAAUUUCAUUUCCGAUUUCUGCUAGUGAGCUUUCACUAAAUCAAAGAGAGAGAUGGGUUUGUACCACAGUUGAAAGCAGUGAUGUCAUAUUGAUGCAGAGCACAAGUGAAAAUUGGUGUGAAGGCCCGAGAAAUUAACCAAAAGCUGGUUGACUUGAAGACGUUAUACACCUAAAGGAUAACAAGGUUUGUGAGAUACCAGCAGCCAGAUAUGCCAGAUAAUAUGUUUUGAAUAUGGCUGGACUCUUAACUUGCUACUUCAGCAAAAUAAUCAAUCAUGAUUGGUUCCUUUCAGUUCAGUUUUGCUAUUAAUUAACCUUUUCAGGUAUACGUAGGUAUAACAUUAAGCAUAAACUUGACUUUGACGUCACAGAUUGAAACCGUCUCUGGUGUGUUAAUGAAGCCUCAGCUGGUUUUGGCUGCAGAAAUAACCUGAAUUCUUAAAUUGAGUGGUUUCCCCUGUCCUCGUACAUUUUAUUUUGUCAUUGUUUCCAACCCUGCUCUUAAUCAGCCUACACAGUCUGACUGCUUGGACUUUGUGCUGUGCAUAUUGUUCAGUUACACAUCUCUCUUCCUUCCUUCUCCUAAAGGGGUGUUCUACCAAAAUCAAGUUUUUUUUGUUUGUGACUUUGCAGAAGCGGACCUUUUUUUUUUUCUCCCCCUUCUCAUAUUAAUUUUUAUUUGUUUUUUUGGGCAUUUAGCACUGAUUGCAGGUGCAUUUAAAGUAUAAGUUGUGAUUUGUUCAAUACAGGUACGGAAUCUCCAUAAAAUGUACUUUGUAGCAUCACAGGAAGUGCAAUUUGAUGUUGAAUUGUACAUGACUGUUUUUCAAUUCGGAGAACUAACAAAUGAAGCAGUGGAUUUUCUUGAGUGGCAGGAAAAACAGAAAGCGUCCUUUUUUGCAAAUAAACACUGGAAAAAGUUGAUUCAGGUGGAGAGCCCUUAUAACCAGACACCACUUAACUAUGCUAAUCCUCAUGCACAAGUUAUUGUUUCCUCCCUCACCUCUCCCCACCCCUCUCGUCGUUUCCAAUGAGAACACAGCGAAGGAUAAGGGAGUUUGGAGAAAUGUCGUGGCUGGUUCUUAUUUUGAUAUUUUGAAAAACGUGUUCCUCUUUUUUUUGAGUGCUAAUGAGAAAUGGAAGAAAUGGAAUAUGUUUCUGUAUCGUUUUAGAGAAAAAAAUUAUUUAACCUUAUAUCAGUUUGAGUUACUUACACCCUAGCAUAGAGUGGCAUAUUUAGUUAAAUGUAUAAAAAAGCAAGAACAUAAUUCUGUCCUAUUUUCUCCUUUAAUUUUAUCGUGUUCCAUUUUCUGCUGAGGAAAAUAAACUGGAUUAGAGGA